AUGCUCGAACAUGCCGGUGUACCAAAGAGCGAUGUUGCUAAGUGGGUUGGCUUCACCACUACGAUCACCGCUACCUGUGCGGGCCUGAUGGGCGUGAUAUGGGGUAUGGCUUCCGAUUCCAUGGGUCGGAAACGGGUUAUCCUGCUUGAACUGAACCUCAUGCUGGUAUUUGUCUUCCUGUUUGGCUUCUCACAACACCUCGCCCUCCUGGUGCUGUUCCGCGCUUUGAUCGGUCUCGUGAGUGGUAGCGUCGGUAUUAUGCGCACCAUGAUCGCAGAGUUGGUCCCUGAGAAGCUGCUCCAGCCAUAUGCAUUCAGCAUCCUACCGACUGUCGAGACAAUUGGGUCCGGGUUCGGCCCCGCUAUAGGAGGACUCUUGGCUCGUCCAGCGGAGCAUUAUCCUGGCAUCUUCGGCAGGAUUGGACUCUUUAAGAUGUUUCCCUUUGCCUUGUCUAGUGUUGCUUCCAGCUGCGUUGUAGCUUUCGCUAUUACGAUGGCAUCUUCUUCCCUUCGUGAAACACAACCCGGGCGGAAAGACUCUCCUGACGAUGGAUUGAUGAUCGCAAAGAUUCUGAGUAGCGUGUGGGCAUUGCGAACGAGAAAGGCCGACAUCCGACCGGAAGUCGUUGAUGAGACAACAGCUCUACUCGGUGACACAAUAGAAGAUGUAGAAGAGGUUUUGGAGCAAAGAGCAGCUGAACUCGUGGGCCGUUGGAAAAGUGUUAUCUCGCCACAGCCUAUUCUCCUGGUGCUGAUAUCAGGUGUGAUGAGCAUGCAUACCGUGGCUUUCGAUUCAUUGUUCCCGGUACUCUUGCACCUCCCUAAACAACAUCUAAAGGGCAAUCCAGAUGUUCACCUGCCAUUCAAAUUCAGCAGUGGACUCGGGCUAGGUAAGCUACCUUCGGCAUUAUUGCCAUUUUACUAA